AUGCGCGCCACGUACCUCUUCGCCCUCCUCGCCGCCACGCUGGCCGCCGCGGCCCCCGCCCCCGCCACCGACCCCAACUCGGUCGAGAUGAUCGGCAUCGACGGCAACAUCAUCACCGUGCCCGCCGCCAACGUAACCUGGGGCUCUGGCGCCGCCGACUCGUCGCUGCACGCCCGCGCGGCCAAGUGCUCCAAGGGCUGGUCCGAGUGCUCCUGGAUCAACAAGUACGGCUGCUUUAUUGGCUGCUGCCGCCUGAUCAUUGUCUAG